AUAGCUUACAUUCUCUUUUCCUUUAUUCUUCAGUUCUACCCCACUCUUAAGCUCUACUGACCCCCAUCAAAUCACCACAGAAGAAAAUGGCUCUAAGUGCGGUCCCAGUGCUAGGAUUUUUCAUCACAUCUUUACUGAUGGGUCCUCAGGAAUCAUUGGCUAUCAAAGAGGAUCAUGUGAUCAUCCAGGCUGAGUUCUACCUGACCCCUAACCCAUCAGGCGAGUUUAUGUUUGACUUUGAUGGUGACGAGAUUUUCCACGUGGAUAUGGAGAAGAAGGAGACAGUGUGGCGGCUUGAAGAAUUUGGACGUUUUGCCAGCUUUGAGGCCCAGGGUGCAUUGGCCAAUAUAGCUGUGGACAAAGCUAACCUGGACAUCAUGAUAAAGCGCUCCAACCACACUGCAAACACCAAUGUACGUCCUGAGGUGACUGUGCUGACAAACAGCCCUGUGGAACUGGGAGAGCCUAACAUCCUCAUCUGUUUCAUCGACAAGUUCUCCCCACCAGUGAUCAAUGUCACAUGGCUUCGGAAUGGAAACCCUGUCACCACAGGAGUGUCAGAGACCGUCUUCCUGCCCAGGGAAGACCACCUUUUCCGCAAGUUCCACUAUCUCCCCUUCCUGCCCUCAACUGAGGAUGUCUAUGAUUGCAAGGUGGAGCACUGGGGUUUGGAUGAGCCUCUUCUCAAGCACUGGGAGUUUGAUGCACCAACCCCCCUCCCAGAGACAACAGAGAAUGUGGUGUGUGCCCUGGGCCUGGUCGUGGGUCUUGUGGGCAUCGUUGUUGGAACCAUCUUCAUCAUCAAGGGCAUGCGCAAGGUCAAUGCUGGUGAACGUCGAGGGCCUCUGUGAGGCGUCUACAGGCAAUGGUGUUUCCUAGAGAGAAGAUCAAUGAAGAAAUUUGUGCAUUAAUAGCUUUAUAAGCCUGGCAAUACUCUGACUGUUCACCUCAGCGAAGACAACUAUUCUUUAGCAUUUUCAGCCCUUUAGCUAUUCUAAGAGUAAUGAUGCCUUCCUGAUCUGUCCAGACUCUGACAUCUAGUUCUUCCCUGUUUAUUGCCCCUUCUUAGGUCUAUUUUUCUCCAUUUUCCAUCUUUAUUUUAAUAUCGCCAUGUAUGCCUCAGCAGAUUCUUUCUCUGCUACGGAAAAAUUUGAAUGUUCAAUACAGACAUCUUUUCUACAUUUAUUGCUUGGGUUUCUUCAAACUGUAAUUGUGAUUUUUUUGAAUACAAUAAACUUUUGGUGGGUCUGAGAGGAA